GUGAGGGACACGCGCACUUUGUGUUCAUCCGCGUCCCGCAUCUCCUCCAUGCGUGAUGAAGUCCGACAAAUACGCACAAAAAACUUCCCAUCGGCGGAUUUAAAGGGUUUGUGUUCAUGGACUGUCUGUCACACCGAGGAGCUUGACGAGGACGUCUCUUCUUUCAAGAAGAAGAGUGGGAUUUUUCUCUUUUGACAGUCCCCCCCCCUUGUUUGUCCGCUUCCUCGUUUGAGUAUAACAUAGUGUGAUAAUUAAUACACACACACACACAGCAUGCUCAGCUCUACAACACCCUCGCUGAAAUGGAUAACCACGUUAUUUCACUUUCGACUGUGGCUGCAGCUGACGGCGUGGGAAACGACAGGAGCCAUUCACCCAGACUGUGCCGUGGUUGUGCAGCACAUGAAGGCUCAAGAGGCGUGCAUCCAGAUGCUCAGACAGGAGGCCCACAACCGCUCCAUCAUGACAGGAUGUCAGACAGAAUGGGAUGAGAUUCGCUGUUGGCACCAUGCUGAGGUGGGAGAGGUGGUCAGCGUCUCCUGCGCUAACGUCUCCCAGUUCUUUGUCAACAACCAAGUUUACAUCCACAGAAGCUGUACUGAGGAUGGCUGGUCUGAGCUUUACCCACCAUACGAGGAGGCCUGCGAGUUCGCCGAGGACACAGAGACAGACUCGGAGACGACAUACUUUUCAAACUUUAAACAGGUGUAUACCGCUGGUUAUGCCACCUCCCUCAUUUCUCUCAUAUCCGCCAUUUUUGUCUUCACUGUGUUCAGAAAAUUUCAUUGCACCAGGAACUACAUCCACAUCAACCUGUUCUCUUCCUUUAUACUGAGAGCCAGCGCUGUCUUCAUAAAAGAUGGGGUACUCUUCUCUGAUGAGAACAGGGACCACUGCUUCAUGUCCACUACGUCCUGUAAAUCAGCAGUGGUGUUCUUCCAGUUUAGCAUCCUGGCUAAUUACUUCUGGCUUCUGGUGGAGGGCAUGUACCUGCAGACCCUGCUGGCCCUGACCUUCGUGUCCCAGAAGAAAUACUUUUGGUGGUACAUCCUCAUUGGCUGGGGUCUUCCAACUACAAUCAUUACAGCAUGGAUCCUAACUCGAAAUUUCUACGACAACCGAGGCUGCUGGGAUGACACAGAUGUGGCCUUCAUUUGGUGGAUCAUUAAAGGACCUAUAACUGUAUCUCUGCUGGUGAAUUUCAUCAUCUUCAUCAAUGUGAUUCGCAUUCUGGUUCAGAAGCUGAAGUCUCCAGGUGUUGGUGGCAGUGACGCCAGUCACUUCAUGAGACUAGCAAAGUCCACUCUGUUCCUUAUCCCUCUAUUUGGGAUGCACUACAUGGUGUUUGCCUUCCUGCCAGAAAACACAGGAGCCGAGGCACGCCUCUUCAUUGAGCUCGGUCUGGGCUCCUUUCAGGGUUUUGUUGUGGCCCUGCUAUACUGUUUCCUGAAUGGAGAGGUGCAAACAGAGUUGAAGAAGAGGUUUGGGAAGUGGCAGACCCAGAGUUACCUGACUUACAGUAACAGACGGCGCACCCUUUUCACAGAGAGCAGCACCGUCACUCAAAUAUCUGUCUUGGACAAGUCCAGCCCCAAAGAGCAGCCUGGCUUGGAAACCCACCCACUCACACACAUGGUUACACCCAGCGCUCUCCCAUCAGUCUGAACUACAGCCAACAGCCGACACCACCUCAAUUGUCUUAUUCUUGUCCUCUUUUUCAUCACUACGAUUCUGCUUGCUAUUUUCCUAAGCUGCUGUGCGAGCAACCAAAGCAUAAAUCCUGAGUGUUUAAUAUUUGAAAAUCUUCCACCAUGACUGGUAUUUUUACACAGUCCUGCAAGGAGAGUCAGUGUUAAGUUAACGCUUUGUCAUCUUUUCCAUUAAAACCCUCAGCUGUUGAGAACAUUGGGUGAAGGUUGUUGCAAAAAUGUGAAAGUGCUGUCUCGAUAGCAGACAGCAAGGAAUGUCCCGUAUUCUUUGUUUGAACCACUGAGGAUAUUUUUUCCGCUUUAACCUCAUGGAUUGCAUUUACAGUAACCGCAUCCAGUGUCAUUCAUGCAAGAAUUGUGAUUUUCUUUGCUGCUCCAUCACUGUUGUUAUCGUUGAUUCAGUGCCAGCCGGUCCCAUGAAUGUCGGUUAUCCCACGAAAGCCACGUUACAGAGGGCAGUUGGUGUUUCUAAGUUAUAAGAAUGAUGCUCAUAGCUUAACGUGCCCUAACUCGCUCUUAUUAGUGACUUGGUAUGCAAUGUGUUGCACAGUGCGUUAGCGCACAUCUGGAGCACUACACUGUAAAAGCUAUUUAUUACCCAAACGGUUGUCUUAAUGUUUUUGUGUGUUACUGUAAAUAGACAUGGAAAAAAAACGUGCAUUUUAUCAGUGUUGCAGCGCUGAUGUAUAGUCCAUACACAGCUAUCAGAUUCAUUAUCGUUUUGUUCACGGCAGAAUAUUGUGUGAGAAUAUGUCAAAUGGGAGCCAACAGUCUGCACCAAACAAGGCAGAACAUUAGUGGUGAUUUAUAUUUAACCAAUAUUUUUUGUGUCAUAAAUAUAUUGAGUAAAUAUUGUUGUAGUGAAAUUUAAUUAAUGAUCAUAACGAUUCAUAACCUGUUCAGUUGAGCUGCUUAAGUCAUUAUAAUUGAUAAAUGAGGACUUGAGUGUUGUUUGAGUCUGUAUUUUGAACUCAUCUUAACAGAAACACUGUUUUGUACUGUGCACAAUAUGUGUGUACAGUGAUUUUGUUAUCA